GUACGCGUGCGUAUAUACGCUCGAUCGACAGCCCACGGCUCCAGACGUGCCUCGAGUAUCCGACUGGAGCAACACACGAAAAUAUACGCCUCUAUGUGCCCCGAUGAGAUCCUUGAUUAUUACGGCGAUUACGAUACGAGGACAUACUACACCACGGUGAUGCUCGGAGACAUUUCAGGCUUCACAGAUCUUACGGAAAAGUACACAAAGACCGGCAGAGGCGGUCCGUCCAAGUUGACGGAAACUCUAAACAGCUACAUCGGCGCCAUGGUGCAAGAGAUACUUUCGCACAACGGCGACGUACUGAAAUUUUCCGGAGAUGCCUUCAUAGUCAUGUGGAAGCUUCAAACGGGUAUGGUGAUGCGCGACCUCGCGAUAGAAGCGAUUCAGACCGCCUGUGUCAUCCAGAAGCAUUUCGGGACCUACCACACCGACGUCGGCGUGACCCUGCGAGUGAAGCUGGCGAUCGCUUCCGGAAAGACGCAUUUUACGUCGAUCGGCGAUCCAAGAACGAUGUCUUACUACCUCAUCACCGGCAAACCCGUGUGGGACGUCAAAUUUGCCGAAGGAUUGUGCAGGGGUGGCGACAUUAUCGUGGCACCCAGCAGCUGGCAAUGGGCGAACCCCAACGAGUACGUUCACGAGAAGUUACCGGACGGCGUGCACACGUUAAUCAUAGCCUGCUCGGCGAUGUGGUACCAAGCCAGGACUCAGGAUAUCAAUGCUGAAGGAGAGUCGACAAGAUGCGGAUGCGUGAACAAGACAUCGCUCUUCGACAAGGACCUGAUAUUCUUAUGCGUCUUCGGUCUGCGCGGCGACAAGCAGGAGCUGGAGUCGCAGAUCGGACUGAGAUGCGCCAGCAGGGUGCGGCAGGACCUCCUGGCGAUGGAGUACGUGAAAUCCGUAACGAUCGCCGUCACCACCGGGAUCACGUAUUGCGGCGUGGUCGGCCAUAUAUUGCGAAGAGAAUACACCGUGAUCGGGAUUUCGGUGAACAAGGCGGCGCGUUUGAUGUGCGCGUACAACAACAAGGUGGUGUGCGAUCGCGAGAGUUUCCUGCAUUCUCACCUGGAAGCGAGGCACUUUAUAUUGCAAGAGCCGCGAUACCUGAAGGGAAUCACAAAAGUCGGGCCUAUCUACGAGUUUCGGGAACAAGAGAAGUAUAAUAUACCUGAGUUAGUGUGGAGCAAGUAUCCUCUGCUCGGACGAGAAAUGGAAAUCAGAGUCUUCCGGCGGAUUCUGGCGGACUUGGUAAAACACUCGACCGCAGUGAAUGAAAUGACGCAACGUGCGAGACCCGAGUACAACACGCUGAUUAUAAAAGGCGAGCACAGAAUCGGCAAGACGAGGCUGCUGGACGAAAUCGCGCAGAAUAUUCCCACGGGUGUGUCGUGCAAUUACAUCUCCUUGGUCAGGAAUGACGCCAAGGUCGACGAGCCUCCAUUUGAAGAUGAUCAGAAAUCGUCUUCUCUCACGCAGAUCUCGUACAGUCUGAUCCAUCUAAUCUUCUCGAUACCGCUGGGCUUCAAUGUCGUCACUACCCCGAAGGAGCGCGAGAACAAGCUGAUCCCUCGACUGGGCCGCAUACGUCAGCCGGAGUUCCUCUGUGCUCUCAACGAGCCCUUCAACGUCAAUUUCGCGAUAAGCGAGCAGUAUAAAGCCCUGACCGAGACGCUGAAGCACAAAGUGCUGCAAAAGUUACUGUCAAAGCUGACGAGGGGCUGUUUCGAAAGGCUGUGGGUGAUAAUCAUCGACGAUGCUGAAUAUAGCGACGACGACUCUAUGCUGUUAUUUCGCACGAUAGCCAAGCAGGACACGGUGCUCUUUGUCCUUGGCGUUGGUCGCAGGAUCGACAUGCAAUAUGAAUUGCACCCGGCCGUUAUGGAACGAGCGCAGAUCAUCGAAUUGAAACACAUAGACAAGUGGUACCACGCAGCCCUCGCUUGCCAGUUCCUCAACGUCUCGGGGAUCCCCGUUGAACUCGAAAAACUGAUACAAGAGAAAAGCCACGGCAACCCGGGAUGGAUAGAAAGUUUUCUCGUGAGCCUCAUGCAAUCCGGCGGCCUCGUGAUAAUGAAUGUCCACAAGACGGAAGCGGAAGUAAUGGGCUACGUGCUUCCACCUGUCGCUAUGUUGAAGAGGUUUCGUUUUUCAUUCCUGAUAUUCAGCUUGGUAAAGGGAAACGAAGAAAUCUUAAUAGUAUUAUUCAGGUUUAUAGCGGAGAACACCGUGCUCGUGGACAUCGAGGACGACGAGGACGAGCGAGAGGACAAAUGGGAGAUGUACAAGACGAGUUUCAAGGAUAACGCAAUACCCUCGCCGAGGCCUCUAAACGAUGUACACCAAAUGCAAGCGACAGACAAUGACAGUGCGACGAUCGUCGUUUGUAAAUUUGCGAAGAAUUUCACCUUAGAGGAUGAAUCAGUCGAAAUGACGAUGGACGUCGUCUCUCACGUGACAGUGAUGAUCUUGAAGCUUUUCGACUCGUUAACGCCGCUGGAUCAAAUUUUGCUGAAAUGCGCGUCGGUGUUGGGAGAAAACGUUAACAGAAGAAUGCUGCAGAGCCUGAUGGAGGAAAUAUCUGCGCGAGAAUUGGCACUUGGUAAACGAAAGUCUGCGAAAACGCGAUUAACGUUCACGAGUGAUUUGGAGGAAAAAGUCUUAAAACGUCCUUUCGCGAUCGUCGCAGCCGUCCGGAAACUCUUCGAAAUUCGAAUCCUCGGAUGCGGGGUGGGCGACUUCACCGCGAGUUCCAAAAUGUUGAUAUUUCACAGAAACAUAAGGAACGUCAGCGUCGGCAAAGAAGUGAGGUGCGAGUGUAUAGGUCUCACAAUACCAGACGAGCUCGCCGAUUUGCCGCGAUACGCUUCUUGCGGUCUGAUGCGCUUCAAGAUAUCGAUGUUCCGCGAGACUACUUACAGACUGCUGACGGAACACCAGAAGAUGGAAUUGCACAGCAAGGCGCUGAAAUUUCUACGGCAACACACGCGGCGAUGCUUGACGUGCGGCGAAUUGCAGUUCGUCAAAUUGUUAGGCAAGACGACCAUGCAAAGCGUUAGAAAAAGGAGACCGACCGUCGAACGUCUGUUGAAUAAGCAGCAAUUCACCGAAGCGAACUCCAUCCCCGAGAAGGAAGAGAAGAACGCUGCUUUAUUGAAUGUGUGUGCGUCUACGAAUUAUUCGGACGGUUCGGACGGUUUGCAGCAGGCGGACGAGGAGAGAGCAGCUACGUGUUUGGACGUAUUUCGCAAAACAAGCAGGAAGCCGAUGAAGACCUUCUCCAACGUCGAUUUCGCCAAUUGUCGAUGUCACCUCAUAUUAACGACCGUGUAUUCGCAGAUGCUGGAACAUUGCCACGGGAUCGGAAAGAAAGAGCUGAUGCUGACGGCGAUUCUGGAAUUCGCAGAGGUCUGUUUGACGAGUUACAACAUACCGCAAGCUCGCAGCCUGCUCAACGAGGCCGAGAACUUGCUUUGCAAUAUAUUCGAUGCCGACGAGGAGGAAUUGAUAGUCCUGCCUUACCUCACCGCAAAAAUCCAGACACUCGAAGGUAGGUGUUACCUAGAGAGCGGUAUAAUUUCCGAGGCACAGAAGAAGCUGGACAGUGCGAUGAAAACCCUGGGAUACCAUUUUCCGAGAAGCGAAUUCCUCAUCAGGCUGAAGUCAGUGACUCAACUGGAAUUGCUGAAGUGGAAACUGGCCUAUCCGAAACGCUGGAGAGACGACGCUGUCGAUGUAGACACCAAGAAUUAUAUCGAACAACUGGCUAAUUGCUUGGCGCUGAUGUUCGAAGUCUACAGAACGAAGGGAAUGAAGAGGCACGCACGACUAGCAGUCUCGUGGAGCUUGAACACUGUGCUAGAUUCAUCACAAGAUUUCCUCACGAUCUGUACAUCGUUCACCAACAUGAUGAUCACCGCACACGUCUAUCAAACCAAAUCAAUCAUUCCCUAUCUAGAGAAUGCGAGUCUCAACUUUUGCGCAGAGAAGGAAGAUUACCUCGAGUUUCAAGAACUCAAGGCCAUCGCCGAGCUUUACGCAAGCGUAUUUUUUUCCCGAUGGUUGCGAGGGGAGAUCCACAAGGCGAUCAAGAUCGGCUUUAUUGCAACAAGAUUGGCGCAGACCAUGGGCUCCAUAUUUCUCAAGCUACUCGUACUGCCGAUGUUAGCUCACCUCCUCAUGAUCUCCUGUCGUCAUUCGGAAGUCGUGGCUUUGUUGAGAGAAUUGGAAUUCACGUCGCAAAGCGAUCUGGAUAAGUCAGGCCGUACCUGGUACUACGCGAUAUGUGCCGACGUGCAACUCGACACCGGGCUUACAAUUCUCUCCUAUCGAAAUUGCGAACAGUAUUACCUUAAAGAGGGAGAAACCAUGAUUAGCCUGCGGGAUCCAGAGGCGGAACGGCGAUAUUUCACCUCCAUGUGGUUGUGGUGCGUCAGGACGCAACAAUGGGAAGCAUCGAGGGUUUGGGAUAGCAGGAAUGUGACAAGCGAGAGCGUGAUGGACGAGCACAUAGUGGCAGCAACAAUCACCGCGUUAAAGAAACUCGAAGGUCUUCUGAUCUUAUACGUGCGAGACGUUACCGGCAAGAACGUUCACGCGAUAAACACGAUGGCGGAGAUUAAGGAUACCUUCAAGCGUGUCGAGAAAAUGAUAAAGAUUGUAAAAAUAGCGGUUCCCAGAUAUAUGUUGCUGAGGGCUUAUUAUUAUAUGAUUCAAUCGCAAAGAGGAACCGCGAUGAGAAUGCUGCGACAAACGAAAAAAUUGUCCAAGAAAGUGGAUAACAAAAUGAUCUACAUGUGGGCGAAUCAUUGUCAACAGGCUUGGUUGGGCGUCAUAUCUUCUGUACAAGAAGACUUGUGGAAAGAUAGACCUAUAGUAAAGAAGAAUGAAUGGGACGAAGUGAAUGCCAAUGACUCAACAAUCAUACCUUUUACAUUUCCAUUACCAAAAUAGAUUUUUAAAAUAUCCAUAAUCUUAAAGUUCACAAUUCUAUUGAAAGCUGCUACAUUAACUUACCAAUAAUAA